GGGGGUGUUUUUAAACUCCAGUUUAUAACUAAUUUUUGUUGAAUCAGAGAUUAUAUUAGUUAGACCUUUGCAAAUUCAAAUACAGUAUAUAUGUAAUAGUUUGGUUUUGUUCAUUUGUCGACUAGAUUUAUAUUGUGCCAAAAUUAGAUUUUAAUGGCAGAACUUGUUGCCCCCCUGACAUCAUUAAUCGAUGAACUUGUUGAAAUAAAAGCACGAGGCUUGAAGCCGAAACAGAAAAUUACAAUUCAGUCGCGGCAGACUAGCGAAAAAGGUCAACUGUUUCAUGCUCUUGCUCACUACAUCACGAGUGAAACGGGUUUAGUGACUGUGUCCAGCGAUGAGUCACUAGGUGGAAGCUAUGUCGGCGUUGAACAAAUGGGUUUGUUUUGGUCGAUGAAGAGGCCAAGCUACGUUGGUAAAAGUUAUGGAACUCUAACAAAAUACAAUUUGGUUGUACCGGCUGAAAUUCAGUUGCAUUUGUACGAUAACUUUCUACAAGAAGAAGAUAUUUGGAACUUUAAACCAAUCGCCUCUCUAACAAUAAAACGGCAGUAUAUCUGCAAAACAGUACACAGGAUACAAAUUAACAACGGUGACAUAUGCGGUACACUUUUUAGACCCCGUUGUACGCAAAAGUUACCCGGGGUUUUAUAUAUCGACGGAUAUCAUGGCGGUGUCGCGGAGUUCCGUGCAUCACUUUUAGCAAAUCACGGGUUCGUUGUUCUUGUGCUGGGAUAUUUCAAAUGUGAUAAUAGACCAGAUGAAUUGAAGUAUAUAGACCUUGAUUACGUACAGCGUGGAGUAAACUUCCUGGUGCGUCACGAAAAUGUUCUUGAGUGCGGUAUAGGAGUUGCCGGAUUCUCACUGGGAGGAACGAUAGCUUUGGCAAUUUCGGCGUUCUCACCGAGCAUCAAGUGUGUCGUUAACAUAUGUGGUAUGACAUACGCUUGCUUGGGAAUUGACAUUCAUUACAGAAAACGAGUUUGGAAGUCGGUCGAAUUCGAUGAGCAGAAAAUAUCAAUUAACAAUGGCUUUCAAAACCACGCCAAAACUCAUACUAUACCCUCCGUAGUUGAAACUGAAAAACACAUGCCCCAUUUCUUCAAGUCCGACGCAUCGUUUCUUUUUAUCUAUGGAGAUGAUGACGGCAUAAUGGAUUGCGACGAAAAUAUGUCUAUUGCAAAACAGCUCUUCCAAACAUCGGGGCAUAAUUCGUGGCAUCCCGGCAUACCAACUGAUUUCGGGGGCAUUAUGAAAUAUCAUUCUGAUGCUCAAGAAGAAUCGUGGAAGGAAAUAAUCACGUUUUUGAAGGGAAACCUUGUUUUUAAAGUCAAGGGAUAG